AUGGAGUUCACGGCAUCGCCCAAGCCCCAGCUCUCCUCCCGGGCCAACGCCUUCUCCAUCGCCGCGCUCAUGUCUAGCGGCGGCUCCAAGGAGAAGGAGGCGGCGGAGAACACCAUCAAACCCCUGGAACAAUUUGUGGAGAAGUCCUCCUGCGCCCAGCCGCUGGGUGAGCUGACCAGCCUGGAUGCUCACGCCGAGUUUGGUGGAAAUGGUGGCGCCAGCCCUGCCGCCUCUUCUCUUUGCACGGAGCCGCUCAUUCCCACCACGCCCAUCAUCCCCAGCGAGGAGAUGGCCAAAAUCGCCUGUAGCCUGGAGACCAAAGAACUCUGGGAUAAAUUCCACGAGCUGGGCACCGAGAUGAUCAUCACCAAGUCGGGCAGGAGGAUGUUUCCCACCAUCCGGGUGUCCUUCUCAGGCGUGGAUCCCGAGGCCAAGUACAUAGUCUUGAUGGACAUCGUCCCCGUGGACAACAAGAGGUACCGCUACGCCUACCACCGCUCCUCCUGGCUGGUGGCCGGCAAAGCCGACCCUCCUCUGCCGGCCAGGCUCUAUGUGCACCCAGACUCUCCUUUCACCGGUGAGCAGCUUCUCAAACAGAUGGUGUCUUUUGAGAAGGUAAAACUCACCAACAACGAGCUGGAUCAGCACGGCCACAUAAUUUUGAAUUCAAUGCAUAAGUACCAGCCCCGGGUACACAUCAUUAAAAAGAAAGACCACACGGCCUCAUUGCUCAACCUAAAGUCUGAAGAAUUCAGGACCUUCAUCUUUCCAGAAACGGUUUUCACGGCGGUCACUGCCUACCAGAACCAGCUGAUAACCAAGCUGAAAAUAGACAGCAACCCUUUUGCCAAAGGCUUCCGGGACUCCUCCAGGCUCACUGACAUUGAGAGGGAGAGUGUGGAGAGCCUGAUCCAGAAGCAUUCCUAUGCCCGCUCACCCAUCCGCACCUACGGGGGAGAAGAGGACGUCCUGGGGGAUGAGAGCCAGACAACCCCGAAUCGAGGGUCAGCCUUCACAACAUCUGAUAAUUUGUCUCUCAGUUCCUGGGUAUCUUCUUCUUCCAGUUUCCCUGGAUUUCAGCACCCACAGUCCCUGACUGCACUUGGCACCAGUACAGCAUCCAUAGCAACACCCAUUCCUCACCCCAUCCAGGGCUCUCUGCCACCAUAUAGUCGCCUGGGGAUGCCUCUGACCCCCUCGGCCAUCGCCACUUCCAUGCAGGGGAGUGGCCCCACGUUCCCUUCCUUCCACAUGCCAAGAUACCAUCAUUACUUCCAGCAAGGGCCCUAUGCUGCCAUCCAGGGACUGCGUCAUUCCUCUGCUGUAAUGACACCCUUUGUAUGACUCUUCUAAAAGUGGGAGACUCCAAAUCCAGGAUGUACACAUGGGUAUGGAAUUCUAGGGCGGGGUUGGGUUGGUGAGAGGUGGGAUAUUGGAGCAGGGACUCUCCAGAAAACCUGGGACCUAUUAAAGAGGAGAGCUGGACUCGACACC